AUGCAAGAAGCAACCGGCUCAUCACAAAGAGGCAUGACUCUAGAGGAGUUAAAAACAUUGAGAGCGUCUUCUAAAGGAAGUAUUACCCGAAUUAGAAAAAUUGUUGAAGCCCCUGAAAAUUUAUCGCACACUGAACUCGAAUGUAGAUUGGGAAUCAUUGAGUCAUAUUAUAAGCAGGCGUUAUAUUGCCAGAAUCAAAUUGAACGUUUGUCGCCCGAAGAAGCAGGUAGAACUGAAAUAGACGAGUUAUACAUCACUGCAAAAAGUCUCAUACUAACGCAGAUGGGUAAAGAAAGGCGUCCGAGUAUACAAGAACAGUCAUUUUUUGUGCCUCAAACCGCAUCAACUCGGCUACCAAACCUCAAGCUACCUAAAUUUGACGGCAAGUAUUUGGAAUAUAAAAAUUUUAUAAAUACUUUUAAUAAUUUGGUUCAUAACGACCAAACCAUAUCUACAUCGGAAAAGUUCAACCAUUUAUUUUCCUGCAUUAGUGGAGAAGCCUUAGCAACAAUCAAAGCAUUCCAAGUAACGGACGAAAACUAUCCUAAGGCCCUCAAUAGGCUCAAGGAAAGAUACGACAAUGAUACAUUAAUCUUUUUGGAAACCGUUACUACAAUGUUUGAUAUUCCGAAGUCUUCCAAACCAGUUCCGAACCAAUUAAGAAACAUUGUGGACACUCUUUCAGCUCUGUAUAGUUCAUUGAAGUCACUUGGCUCAUACCAGCAGAUAUGUGAUGCAUUCAUAAUUCAUCUGGCUAUAACCAAGGUUGACCACCAAACAAAGCAGAAAUGGGAUGAAUUCAUCGAUUACACAAAAUUACCGUCUUGGUCAGAGUGCUGCUCAAUGUUGGACAGACGUUGUCAACAAUUGGAUGCACAGUGUAGAAGUGCUACAAAGGAACAACAAGCUUCCAACUCAAAGAAUCAUUCUCAUAAUGAUUCGAAUACAAAACAACAUUCUUUCACCACAAAAAAUAUGGCCCAAUCGCCUGUAUGCAAUCAUUGCUCAAAACAGGGCCAUUAUAUUACGACAUGUCAACGUUUUAUAGUUUUGGCUGUUGAUCAACGCAUUGACCAUGCUAAAAAACAAAAUUUAUGUCUUAAUUGCUUGUCAAAGGGGCAUAUCUACUCUCAAUGUCCUUCACGCUAUUCUUGUCGUUUUUGCAAACAACGUCAUCAUUCGCUUUUGCAUAAGCAACCUGAUGAAGAAGUUCCCUCAACAAGUUCUGCAGUCGCUCAUGGGACCUUUCAACAAAAUGCGAAGCCUAGAGAGAGCAAAGUAAUUUUGGCAACUGCAUUGGUAUUAGUUCGUGACUCUGAAGGAAAGUACCAUUGGGCAAGAGCGCUUUUGGAUUCAUGUUCUCAAGUCAAUUUUAUAAGUGAGUACCUUUCUAAUGCAUUAAAUUUAAAGAAAUCUAAUAACACUGUCGAUGUUGUUGGCAUUGGUUCACGUGGUGUAAAAGUGCCAUAUAAAACUCAGACCACCAUAAGAUCGCGAUUAAAUAAUUUUGAACUGUCACUUGAAUUUUUAAUCUCUCGUUCCAUAACUGGCUACCACCCUGAUGAGAAUAUGUCAAUACAUGACUUUAAGUUGCCCUCUAACAUAGAGCUAGCAGAUCCAGAGUUUUAUCGUCGAAAAGGUAUAGACUUGCUCCUAGGUGCGGAGUUAUUUUUCUCAAUUCUGUCUGUGGGUCAAAUUCGCCCAGAACAACACUUGCCAACAUUGCAAAAAACACUGUUGGGAUGGAUCGUUUCGGGGAAGUAUACUAGUAAAGCAGUUCAUUUGUCUUCAAUGUCAUCGUAUGCUAUUCUGGAGGUUGAGAAAGAUGAAAUAAACAAUAAUAUCGAAAGGUUAUGGAAAUUAGAAACUGUCGACGGCAGACGUCAAUGCUUGACACCAGAGCAACAACAGUGUGAGCAACAUUUUCUAAAACAUGUUAUGGUUCAAAGUGAUGGCAGAAUUAUGGUGAAAUUGCCACUAAAGUAUAAUCCGACAUGUCUUGGUGAUUCUAAAGAUAUAGCUGAACGACGAUUUUGGUCCAUAGAGAGAAAAUUAAAUAACAACCCCGAAUUAAAGGAGCAGUAUAAACAAUUUCUUAAGGAGUAUGAGGAGAUGGGCCACAUGACUCAAAUAAACUCACCCGUUUCUCAACCACACUAUUUUAUACCGCACCACUGCGUUUUAAAACCAGAAAGUGUCUCAACAAAACUUCGGGUAGUUUUUGAUGCGUCGUGCAGAUCAUCAUCACAGCUUUCAAUCAACGAGAUCAUGAUGGUAGGCCCAACUAUACAAAACACUUUACUAAUAACUUUACUGCGUUUCAGAUGUCAUCAAUAUGGGUUAACUGCUGACAUUGUCAAAAUGUACAGGCAGGUUUUAAUACAUCCGGAGGAUAGAAAUUUACAACUCAUCUUGUGGCGCGAUGACCAUUCCAAGCCUUUGAACGUGUACGUUCUCAAUACCGUAACUUAUGGCACUGCAUCGGCUCCUUAUCUUGCCAUUCGAAGUUUACAUUAUGCGGCAGAACGUUACCCUGAGGGUCAUGAAGUUGGCAAGGCAGUCAUUACUAACGAUUUCUAUGUAGACGAUAUGAUAACUGGCGCAAAUGACCUAGCCACAUUACAGAUUAUUAAAGGUGAGGUAACAGAUAUUUUGAAUCAUUCAAAGUUUACACUCUCGAAAUGGCACAGUAAUUGCCCAGAACUUAAUUUGGUUAAUCAAGGCAAUAAGGAGGUGCGCAUUGACAAUGACGUCACUACUACUUUGGGCAUCUCUUGGUACCCCUCAGAUGAUACAUUCCGAUUUGAAUUUCGUCCUUAUAAGUCGUUCUCAAAAAAUACUAAACGUUCUAUUUUGUCUGUAACAUCAACUUUAUUUGAUCCUAUGGGUCUUAUUAGCCCACUUAUUAUAAAGGCGAAAAUUCUACUGCAAAAACUAUGGCUCAUCAAAUGUGACUGGGAUGAAUCUGUUCCUCAAGAUGUUGACAUGGCUUGGAAUAAUAUUCUAGCUGAUUUUCAUAAUUUGCCAAAACUGAAAAUUGGUCGUUUUGUUCGAAUGCCGAAUUCAACAACAAUUGAGAUCCAUGGAUUCACCGAUGCAUCUAUUAAGGCUUAUGGCUGCUGUAUUUAUUUCGUUUGUAAGGACUCACACGACAAUGUUUCAGUAAAUCUGUUGGCAUCCAAAUCUCGCGUGGCUCCGAUUAAAACUAGUACAUUACCAAGAUUGGAGCUAUGUGGAGCCCAUUUACUUGCUAAAUUUUGGAACCAAAUCAAACAAUAUUUUAAAUAUACUAUAUCAAAGGUCUACUUCUGGUGUGACUCACAAGUCACCCUACAUUGGAUAAGAAGUCAUUCGUCGUUACUCUCAACCUUUGUCGGAAAUCGUGUAGCUGAAAUACAAGAUCUUUGUGCUGACAUUUCUUGGCGUUACGUUCCUACAGAUCAAAAUCCGGCAGAUUUAGUAUCCAGAGGCUGCACUGUAUCUGAAUUAUGUGACUCGAAUUGGCUCCAUGGUCCAACAUUUCUACGUAAACCUAAUUCUGAUUGGCCUGUUCAUCAAAACAUGAAUCUAAGCGAAGAAAUAAUGUUAUUGGAAAAAAGAAAAUCUGCACUCGUUACCAGUAUUCAAGAAAUACCUUAUAUGCUAAAAGUAUUACAUAAAUUUAGUAACUAUUUGAAAUGCCUUAGGGUAGUAUCAUAUGUUAUCCGACUUCAGUCAAAAUUAAGGCCCAAAUCAACAAAUAUUUCUCCAGAUGAGUUCACUUACACACUCCACCGAAUUGUUUGGGUUCUACAACAAUCCUAUUUCCCUGAGGAAUUUCAUGAACUGGAGAAAUCGGGCGUUGUAACAGGAAAAUUUGCGUCUCUGGCUCUGUUUAUAGAAAAUGUUUCAGGAGUACCAUUGAUACGAGUCGGCGGCCGAAUACGUAAUUCGAAUCUACCAGAACAAAUAAAGUUCCCGUUUCUUCUACCAAAGUCGGAUUCAUUUGUAAAAAUAAUGGUCACCCAUGUUCAUCGCGACAACUUUCACGCCGGUCCACAAGCUCUAGUUUCCCUGGUUCAACAGCAGUUUUGGAUAACUAAUUGUCGAUCGUUAGCCAGACAAAUAGUUCAUCAGUGCAUUCAUUGUACACGGUACAAGCCUAAGUUACUCACACAAGUGAUGGGAAAUCUACCUAAGGAUCGUGUUUCAGGCUCUCGUCCAUUUCAAAUUGUUGGAGUUGAUUUUGCUGGCCCGAUAUCAACUUAUUUACGUAUUCGAGGGAAACGCCCAUACAAGUCUUACAUAGCUGUCUUCGUCUGUUUUUCAUCAAAGGCUGUUCACCUGGAAGCUGUUUCAGAUCUGUCCAGUGAUGCUUUUAUAGCCGCUCUAAAGCGUUUUGUUGGCCGCAGAGGCAUACCUUCAAAAAUAUUCUGCGACAAUGCAACAAAUUUUGUGGGCUCACAGUCAAGGCUAAGAGAAUUUUAUAAUUAUUUUUGUAAAGAGUCCACAAAAUCAGACAUUAUCUCAUAUGCAGCGUCAAACUUAAUCGAAUUUAGCUUUAUUCCUCCGCGAGCCCCACACUUUGGAGGAUUGUGGGAGGCAGCUGUUAAAACAGCUAAGGGUCACUUGUUUCGAACACUUUCAAAUGCUAGACUAACAUUCGAAGAAUUAUCGACAGCUCUAGUGGAAAUUGAAGCUGUUAUGAACUCUCGUCCGAUUUCACCAACGUCAUCAGACCCUAACGACUUAGAGGCUCUUACUCCGGGGCAUUUUCUGAUUGGCUGUCCUCUAAAACAUAUCCCUGAAAGAACCAAUUUUAAAUCUGACAUCUCUAGUAUUCAACACUGGCAAAGAAUAACAGCUGUUAAGUCUCACUUUUGGGAUAGAUGGCAUAAAGAAUAUUUGGCUCAAUUACAACAACGUUCCCGAUGGCGAAAACCUCAACAAAAUCUCAAGGUUAAUGAUAUGGUGGUAGUGCAUGAAGAUAAUAUACAUCCGAUGAAAUGGGUUAUUGGUCGUGUCACAAAUGUUGUUCCUGGUGCAGAUGGUUAUGCUCGAGUUGCCGAUGUGAGAACUUCAACCACUACCCUUCGCCGCCCCGUUGCUAAAUUGGCGAUUCUACCUGUUGAUUGA